GAGAGAGAGACAGCUUUUACAAGGAGAGAGAGAGAGAGAGAGAGAGAGAGAGAGAGAGAGAGAGAGAGGAUAUCUAUGAACAAAUGGAUCAAAUUCAAAACCCAAACCCAAGCUAAUUGAAAUUCCUUUGAAUAUUUAUUUCCUUUUCCAUUAUCCUAUUCGCGAGCUGUAACAGUAGAACGUAUAUAAAAUUCGGUUCGAGGCGUCUAUAAUCCGCAUCUACGACGUAUAAAAAUCCGAUAUCGCGGCGAAAAUUCACUCCACGUGAACCGCAGAAUCCACUAGAUCCAGUUUGUAGAGGAAAUCAAGCAGGCUAUUGGUCGUGAUUUUUUGGAAGAGAAUUGUCGUGAAUUCGGGGUUCUCAAAUGGUGAUGGAAGAUAACGAGAGUUGUGGAAGUAGGGUGGUGGAAUCUUCGUCGGCGAAGAGCCGGCAGCAGCAGAAGAAGGUGGAGGUCUUCAAUGAGGUUCUGCGCCGCCUCAAGGAAUCUGACCAUCCGGAGGCGCAGGAGCCGGGUUUCGAUGAUCAGCUUUGGGCUCAUUUCAAUCGCCUCCCAGCCAGGUAUGCGAUGGAUGUGAAUGUCGAGAGGGCAGAAGAUGUUCUUACACACAGGCGAUUACUGCAUCUGGCGCGUGAUCCUGCUAAUAGGCCAGCUUUUGAAGUCCGGCUUGUGCAGGUUGGUCCUGUAUUAGAUGGGAGCUCAGGAGAUACGGUGCAUUCACGUUUACCGACUAGGGGAAGCAUCCAUCCUCCACCUGCCUUUGGUUCUUCUCCUAAUCUUGAAGCUCUUGCACUCGAAGCAAGCAAAUUUGAUAUACAAGAUGGGGACAGCGCUGCGGAUGCUGAUGCCAAGUUUCCAAGGCCUAUGCACGAGAUUACAUUUUCAACAGAUGACAAGCCAAAGCUCCUCAGUCAGUUGACUUCUCUACUAUCAGAAGUUGGGCUCAAUAUCCAGGAAGCACAUGCCUUUUCCACUGUGGAUGGCUACUCUCUAGAUGUCUUUGUUGUUGAUGGCUGGCAAUUUGAGGAGGUUGAGCAACUCCGGACUGCUGUGGAAAAAGAAGUUUUGAAAAUUGAGAGAACUCGUUGGCCUAAUCCACAUGUGUUGCCUACUCUCCAUGAAAAUGAGCAAAUAAAGAUUAAAUCUGAAUCUAAUCAGAAUCACCUGACAAUACCCAAUGAUGGAACUGAUGUGUGGGAAAUUGAUCCUCAACUCUUGAAAUUUGAAUCCAAAAUAGCGUCAGGAUCUUAUGGUGAUCUAUACAAAGCUACUUACCGCAGUCAGGAAGUAGCAAUCAAAAUUCUCAAGACAGAGCGCUUGAAUACCGAACUGCAGAAGGAGUUCGCCCAAGAAGUAUAUAUAAUGAGAAAAGUUCGACACAAAAAUGUUGUCCAGUUCAUAGGAGCAUGCACCAAACCUCCAAAUUUGUGUAUAGUGACAGAAUACAUGUCGGGAGGGAGUGUUUAUGACUAUUUACACAAGCAAAAGGGUACUUUUAAGCUUCCAAAUUUACUCAAAGUAGCGAUUGAUAUAUCAAAGGGCAUGAACUAUUUGCAUCAGAACAACAUAAUUCAUAGGGAUUUGAAGGCUGCAAAUCUUUUGAUGGAUGAAAAUGAAGUUGUUAAGGUAGCUGAUUUUGGCGUCGCCAGAGUGAAAACACAAACAGGUGUAAUGACAGCUGAAACUGGGACGUAUAGGUGGAUGGCCCCUGAGGUUAUUGAACAUAAACCCUAUGAUCAUAAGGCAGACGUCUUUAGUUUUGGGGUGGUUUUAUGGGAACUGCUGACAGGAAAGAUUCCAUACGAGUACUUGACACCUUUACAAGCAGCAGUUGGAGUUGUCCAAAAGGGUCUUCGGCCAACUAUUCCGAAGCUAACUCAUCAAAAGCUUACUGAGCUGCUUGAGAGAUGCUGGCAGCAAGAUCCAGCUCUGAGACCCGACUUUUGCGAAGUAACGGAAUUACUUAAGCAAAUUUCUAAGGAGGUUGGAGACGAUGGAGAUGAUAAACGGAAGGAUAAAUCUGGAGGAUUUUUUUCUUCACUGAGAAGGGGGCAUCACUGAAAGAAAGAAAAAUGUUGAUUAGAAUUAUUAUACUCACCUCCAAUUUUUGGGCACUUGCACCCUUAAUCUUAAUUCAAAUUUGUACUGUACAGUAUCUAUCCCUUUCAUUAACGUCGUACCUACAUAUUUUUCAUCCUUCAAAUUAAGGUUUUAUUUUUCUAACUAAAUAAAAUAGCUUGCUAAUAUUUUCUAUGGGUACAAGAAUUAGGACCUCGCACAAGCAUGAAUGAAUCUCUGCUAGUUAUAACU